AUGGAGCGCCUGGGCCUGGGCAACAUGUACGUGCACGCCUUCACCUUCGCGCUCCUCUGCGCCGCGCCGCUGCUGGUCUUCGCGGUCGCCGCGCUCAGCAUCCGUGACGCCACACUCGGGUACCUCGUCGGCGCCGCGGGCGCGCUGCUCUCCGUGCUCGGUCUCACUUACGGGGGGUUCUGGCGAACGCGGAUGAGGAAGAGGUUCGGGCUGCCGGCUGACGACCGGUUCUGCGCUCCCGUGUGCGGCGGACGGCGUACCACGGUGGCGGCGGCGGACUACGCCAAGUGGCUCUUCUGCGCGCCGUGCGCGCUGGCGCAGGAGGUGAGGACGGGCAACUUCUACGACGUGGAGGGCGACGGUUUAUACGUGAAGGGAGAAGGUGGCGUGGAAGAAGAAAGGAGGCCGGCAAUGGCGCCCCUUGAGAGGGAAGGGAGCCUCGCGGCAUUGAUGGAGGCCGAGAAGACCGGCGAGCGUCUCCAUGCACCACCGGUGCCCAUGAGGGUAGAGACUAGAGACAAAGGAAGUACGUCUAUCUGCACGUCUGUCUGA